AUGCUCGACCCGAAAGAAGAAGACCUGGUCAAAUUGGCAGAGACAUGCCUCUCCACGGCCCAGCAGAUCAAAGAAUACCUCGCGGCCAACAACCACGCGCCCAUGACCUUCGAUGCCGACGGGCCUGCCUUCUUUCCACCCGCCACGCCUGAGAUCCAGCACGCUCGCCUCGACCUCCGCGCCGCCGCCAUGAGGUUGUACGACCUGGCCUCGGGGCCCGAUGAGAUCUUGACGUGGCAUGCCUAUCAUUGCGCUCACGACCUGAACGCCUUCCGCUACGUCCAGCGGUACAACAUCCCCUCGGCAGUCCCAACCGCUGGGGGAUCUAGCAUCAGCUACACCGAUCUUGCUCGCACCCUCGGUCUGGAUCCCAGCCAACUUCGACAGAUGCUGCGCCAGCUGAUGGCGAUCCACGUCUUCCGGGAACCGUCGCCGGGGAUGGUCUCGCACACGGCAUCGUCGCGGCUCCUGACACACUGGGGUGUCGGGGCGUUCAAUACUUUCAUCGCAGAGGAUACCUUCCCCGCGGUCGCUCGGCAGAUCGAAGCCCUUGAGCAAUGGGGCCACGGCCGGCCCGAACCGAACCGCGGCGCGGUGAAUUUAUUUUACGACACCGACCUACCUAUGUACGAGUACUAUGAAACCGGGGCUGGGGCCGCAGACACAAUCUCAUCGUUGCGUCGCGAGCGAUUCAGUCGGCUGAUGACAUAUAUGGCCAGCACGCCGAUCAUGGCCAACGCGCACGUGGCGCGCGGAUUCGACUGGGCCAGCCUCCCGAAAGGCGGCGUGGUGGUCGACGUCGCUGGCAACGUGGGCCACAGUGCCGUCCCCAUCGCCCAGGCCAACCCGGACAUCAGGGUCGUUGUGCAAGACCUACCCAAAAUCGUUGCCAGGGCCGUCGACCCGGCCACCAGCGUCGUGCCGCAGGAUUUGCUGCCGCGCUUCACCUUCAUGUCGCACGACUUCUACACGCUCCAACCCGUCGCCGGCGCCGCCGUGUAUUUCCUCCGCAUGAUCCUGCACGACUACAGCGACUCCUACGCCCUGAAGAUCCUCCGCGCCGUCGUCCCGAGUAUGGCCCCGGACUCGCGUAUCGUCAUCAUGGACCAAGUCAUGCCUCCCACUGUCGGGCUCGUGCCGGACCCUGUCGAGCGCAUGAUGCGCACCACUGAUCUGCAGAUGAUGAUGUUGACAAACGCCAAGGAACGCGACGCGACCGAGUGGGAGGAGUUGCUGCGCAAAGCCGGGGAUGGCUUGAUCGAGGGCGUCUUUCAGCAUGAGGAAGGUCACGGACAGGGGAAGAGGUUGGGGAUCAAGAACAUCAAGACGCCCGUAGGAAGCACCAUGAGUUUGAUCGAGGUAGGCUUCGUCGAUGAAGACUUCGGAAACAGGUGA